GGUUGGCAGCAGCGGCUGGAGGAGUCGGUGCGUUAGGAUUCGUCAAAGUUGCGUGUGAAAUAAAUUUAUUUCUCUCGCAGUGGCCGCAGGAUGUUCGUCAGCUGUGAGCACACUGGACAGGAAAGAGAGCGCUGCACUCCGUGAGCACAUCUGUGUGUGCCAGCUGAACAACACGCGGCCCCAUAGUGUGUUAGUGUGUUUCUGUGCUUCUCACAGUGGCAUCUGAGCUGCAGCGAUGCACGCGGGGUGGCUAGCGGUCUGGUUGGGGCUCCUGGCCCCCUCCUCGGGCGGCUCCCGAAGGUUUCUCAACUACACUGGGGACAUCAUGCUGGGGGCACUCUUCCCCAUUCACCACAAGGGGUCCGGUGGGGCCGAGUGUGGCAAAAUACAGUUGGAGGAUGGAGUACAGCCACUCGAGGCAAUGCUGUACACCCUGGAGCUCAUAAACAGGAAUCCAGACCUGCUGCCGGGGAUCAAACUCGGCAUGAUCGCGUAUGAUUCCUGUGAUAGCCCUGCAUAUGCUCUUGAACAGACCCUCGACAUCAUUAAAGGUUUCAUUGCACACUACAGCGAGUUCCACGAACCUGAGUUCCAGUGUAAAGAUGGCAGCACACCGAAAUUCCGGGGCGGCGGGUUCGAUAAAGUAGUGGCCGUCAUUGGGGCGCAGUCCAGUUCCGUCACUAUACAGGUGGCAACGAUGUUGCGACUGUUCCGUGUGCCACAGGUUAGCUACAUGGCAACAUCACCAUCACUGAGUGACCAGAAUCGCUUCCCAUAUUUCUUCCGCACAGUGCCAAGUGACGUCAAUCAGGCUCAUGCAAUGCUGGAGAUACUCAGGCAGUUCAACUGGACAUACGUGUCAGUGGUGCACUCUGACAACGAGUAUGGGAACCAUGGGUUCGAGAUAUUGAGCUCGCUGGCCGGGAGAUACAAUGUCUGCUUUACAGCGGCACAGCACAUCGACAAAGAGAACUUCAGUGACAGGGACUACGAUGGUGUGCUCAACAAUAUCGUCAACAAGACGGAGGUUCGUGUGGUGGUGGUUUUUGCGGACAAGUUCAUGACUCAGAAGCUAAUGGAUGCUGCUGGACGCCAUGGUAUCACGCGUCGGUUCGUAUGGAUAUUGUGUGAUGCUUGGAAUGCUGCACCCACCCAUCGUGGUAUUGACAUCGCCUUUAGGCGCCCAAUGACUGGUGAUGGUAAGAUGCAACAGCCACCUGCAGAUACAUCAGAGGCACAAAAUGAUGAGAGAGUAUUGGAAGGGGCCCUGGCUGUUCAGCCUUUGUCCCGCAACCUUGCAGGCUUUGACACUUACUUCAAGUCCCUCAGUCCCAGCCAUGGCACAAUCAAUCCCUGGUUUGAAGAGUGUCUCAGAGAGUACUGUAGAAGGCAACACAGUGGUGCUCACUACAGACUUCCUUCAUUACAGAUACAGGGUGACAUGACAAGCCCACCAGAAGAGAUCACUACAUGGACAGACAUUACGUCAGACAGCACCACAGGGGCCACAACACUGGAGACUCCCGAGACAUGUGAGCAGCAUGGGGGGCGGAGGUAUCGGCAACAGAAGUACCUGCAUUUUGUGCGUGACGCUGUGUAUGCUGUGGCACAGGCCCUGCAUAACCUGCAAGCGAGCCUGUGUGGGCCUGGUUUCACUGGGGUGUGUGAAGACAUGCGCCACAUUGACAGUGAUCUCCUGCGGACAUAUCUCGCCAAUGUUACCUUCAACGAUGAGGGAGGUAGGCCUUUCAAGUUCAUAAAUGGUCGGGAUGGACCGCCACGAUAUUCCAUACUGAACUUCCAGAGAGACAGCAAUGGUCACCGCUACCACUGGAAAGCUGUCGGCAACUACACGCUGGAUGACAAUGGAUUGCCGAUACUCAACAUUGACCAUGAUGCUAUUAGCUACCGGAAAGGAGAGGCCUUCCCAACAUCCACCUGUGCCACACCAUGCGCCAUGCACCAGGUUAAAAUCCAGCAACGAGAAGAUACAUGUUGCUGGCGCUGUCGGAGUUGCGGCAAGUACCAAGUCAAGGUAGACGAGUACCACUGCGAGGACUGUGCAAUGGGAUCCCUGCCCUCACAUGACCACUCUCGCUGUGUGGCCAUCCCUGAAGAGUUUAUUGACUACCAGAACCCCUGGGCUAUUGCAGCCAUGGCAGUUGCAAGUCUCGGAAUCCUGGCUACCGUGUUUGUGCUAGUCAUCUUCUGGACAUACAGUGACACGCCUAUAGUAAAAGCUUCUGGACGCGAGCUGAGCUACCUUUUACUGGUAGGAACACUGGCAUCUUUCUGUGUCACGUUUGUGAUUGUGGCACGCCCUACGCCCUUCACUUGUGGCCUGACACGAUUCUUCCUUGGUUUCUGCUACACACUUUGCUAUGCAGCCAUAGUCACCAAGACCAAUCGCAUAGCACGCAUCUUCAGUAAUCGACCGAUCUCUCCCCACAAGACAAGGUACACGAGCCCAACGUCUCAGCUGGUUAUAACAGCUCUGCUGACAUCUGUGGAGAUCGUGAUCAAUGUAUCAUGGCUCAUGUAUGAACCACCUUCUGUGACACACUCAUUCCCGACACGUGAGUCACGCCUGCUCAUCUGUGAGGGGCUAGAGAACUACUCCUACAUGGUGGGACUCCUCUACCCCUUUAUUCUCAUAGGUUUAUGUACAGCAUAUGCUGUGAAGACACGCAAGUGUCCAGGUGGCUUCAAUGAAACGCGGCACAUAGCCUUCACCAACUACACUGCCAUCAUCAUCUGGCUUGCAUUUGUGCCACUCUACCUCGCUUCAACCAGCAACUCCAUCAGGGUUGUCACCCUGGCAAUAUCCCUGUCCCUCAGUGGACUGGUACAGCUGGGAUGCCUGUUUUCUCCAAAGGUGUACAUUGUGCUGUUCAAACCAGAAAAGAAUACAAAAGAAGUUGUCAUGUCCCAGCAUCGCAGCUCAUCUUAUCUUGCCACGCCAACAACCGCCAACCAAACGCCCGUUCCAGUUGUUGUCAGUGCAGGGGGCAUGCACCAUGUGCAGGAUGCUUCAGAUGUGACAGUCAGUGCUGGGUCUGUGGUUGCAGAACUUAACAGGAAGGCCCAGCAGCAUAAGCUUAGGCCACAGUACAGCCCACAGGUGGCCCGCACAUGGAGAGGACGACCACUGCCAACACCCAUGGGUCAAAACUCCCCAGUACAUAAUCAGUCAUCUACAAGCUCCAUCAGAGAAGAGGACUCGAUUGACAUUUCUGAGCAGGCAAGCACUAAAUCCAGUCCAGCGUGAAGGAGAGGACAGGAUUCUGUGACACCAGAAGAACCCUCUUGUAAGGAAAUGAGUACUGGAGCAUCUGGGUGCUGAGAUAUAGCUAAGAUAUAGCCAUUGCUCAGUGGCAGGGUUAACUUGUUUACAGUCACAUUUAAACCUUCAUGCAAGUCACUUCUGAAAACAUUCAAUACAAGAAUUUCACUUUCCUUCUGUUAAAAGUCUCAUGUUUUGGAAGGGAUCAGAUUUUUUUAGUAUAUUUUUUAUUCUUCCAAAAAUACAAGAGAGUGUCUCAGACCAAAUGAAAAGUAUCUAAUUUUUGGCUUCAAAAUUAUCUUGCAUCAUUUGUGAAGUCACAAACUCAUUUGUAUUUGUUUGAUUUAAGCAAAUGACUUAAAAAUCAACAUUAAGCAUAGAAUUUCUGUCAAUCUAUGUCCAUAACUUCAGUAACAAUGACAAUAUUGUUGCCAUGAAGUGCCAGACACAACAUGCUGAGUCUCAUUUCAUACAUACAGCUGCAAUCAUGAAAACAAAAAUGUAACAACUUUUCAUAUUGCUUCAAAAUAUAAUUCUGGUCUGCAAGUCUUGCCACAAAGUAGGCUGGGCUAGAAUAAAACAUUCCAAUGAAUGUGGCCUCUGACAGGUUUCAGUUUUCCAAAGAAAAUAUAAAAUUGGUGUGAAGUAUGAGAAAAGAGUCUUUACUUUAUUGUGAAGACACUUCAGUGCUUGAGAUUAUUUCCAUUAACGUGAAUGAAAAUUUCCGUCUUGUUGAAUUAUCUCUGUCCCCUUUAUAGAAACAUGGUGUGCCCUUAUUCUGCACUUUCCUUUUAAAUCAUAUGUUAUCCUAGUUCUCAGAAACGUUUAAUGUACUCAAAAAUACUUAAAUUAUAAAAAAAGUUUUUUACUGUAUUCCAAAAUACUUUCUCAAAUUUUUUAUAAUUUGUAUAAUAUUUAAUCAGACAGUGCAUUUCCUGAUUGUGUUUCAAAUUUUGUAUCUUGGAUGAAUAAUGUUCAAGAUGAAAUUGACAGUUCAUUCAUUUUUUACCUUAUACAGCCAAAAUUAAAUUAAAUUAAACACUUGUGACAGUGGGUAAAUAUCUCCAGAGAAUAUAACAGAAUCAUUCAAGGUGAGUGAAUCACCAAAAAACACAGAGAAUUGAGUAUCAAGGCCAGAAAUCCUCUUGGGGGUAAAGGGUGGCCAACGCGUGAGGCUGACAACCUCACAGACAUCUGUGAGCUGAUUGCCUAGAGAAAA